CUUUCGUUUUUCCUUCGAAAAGCAGCGGAUCCAAAGCUAAAGGAUUCUAGAGGAAGGACCGCCUUGCAUAUGGCAGCUUCAGAAUCCAACUCUCACGCAAUCAAGCUCCUUAUUAAUGCAGGAGCAGACGUCAAUGCGAGAACAUCUAAAGAGACGGGCAUGGAGGCUCCAAUCCAUUUGGCGAUGUUCGCAAAAGAUCCUGUCGUCUGCUACCUCCUUGAGCUUGGAGCAAGCGUUGAUGCACGAAACAACGCCGGCGAAACAGCUCUCCACAUGGCAGCGUGGAGAGGAAACUUUGAGGCCACGACAGUCCUCUUGAGUUACGGUGCUGGG